AUGGUUGUGAAGGCUGCCGGACUGGUGAUCUACCGUAAGCUGGCUGGGAAAAUCGAAUUUCUGCUUCUCCAAGCAUCCUACCCACCGUACCACUGGACCCCACCAAAAGGACACGUGGAUCCAGGAGAGGAUGAGUGGCAAGCGGCGAUUCGAGAGACGAAGGAAGAGGCGAAUUUGAAUAAGGAGCAACUGACGAUCCAUGAGGAUUGUCAUGAGACACUUUAUUAUGAGGCCAAAGGAAAGCCAAAAUCCGUCAAAUACUGGCUUGCCCUUCUCAACAAUCCAGAUGAUGUCACGCUGUCUCAUGAGCAUCAGAACUGGAAGUGGUGUGAGGUUGAGGAUGCGAUCAAGAUUGCCGACUACGCGGAGAUGGCACAACUUUUCCGAAAAUUCUAUAAAUAUUUGAAUGCCUAA